GCAAAAUUUUAGUUUUUUUUUUGUUUUUCCAUCUUCAACGGUCAUAUUUCCUGGUUUUUUGCCUGAUAGUGUCAAUGGAAUCAGAGGGAAUGUUGCCAUUUUCGGUGGUUUCUGUUGUUGAAGAUGUUCUUAGACAGCAUGGAACUCGAUUGAGCGACAUCGAUUUCGCUUCAAGAAAAGCAGAGGAAGCUUCAUCGAGACGAUAUGAGGCGGCGAGGUGGUUAAGGAAGAUAGUGGGGGUUGUAUGUUCAAAAGAUUUGCCAGCUGAGCCAUCUGAAGAAGAUUUCAGACUUGGUUUGAGAAGUGGGAUAGUCCUUUGUACAGCAAUCAACCGGGUUCAACCUGGUGUUGUUCCAAAGGUGGUAGAAGCUCCAAAUGAUACCGUGAUCAUCCCUGAUGGCGCGGCUUUAAUGGCCUACCAAUACUUUGAAAAUGUGAGAAACUUCCUGGUUGCUGUAGAAGAGUUGGGACUUCCUACUUUUGAGGCAUCAGAUUUAGAACAGGGUGGUAAAACAGGAAGGAUUGUGAGUUGUGUUCUUGCUUUGAAAUCUUUUAGUGAGUGGAAGAUGGCAGGAGGUAACGGAACAUGGAAAUAUUCAGGAAAUUUCAAAACACCCAGCUCUACUAGCUCUACUGGCAAAACUGUUGUUAGAAAGAAUUCAGAACCCUUCAUGAAUUCAAUUUCAAGGACUUCAUCUAUAAGUGAGAAGUCUCUAGACACCGAACACUGCAGUGAUGUUGGUUUAGAUUUAAGUGACACGAGCAACAGUCGUUCCUUAAACAUGAUGAUUCGUGCACUUCUAAUUGAUAAGAAGCAAGAAGAAAUUCCAAAUAUUGUUGAAUCCAUGCUCAGUAAAGUCAUGGAAGAGUUUGAAUGCCGCUUAGCAAGUCAAGCUGAAUCUGAGAAAGCUGCUCCGGAAGCAAUGUCAGUUUCUGGACAAAACACAUCUCCUGCUGAGUCCCCCAAGACAAAAAUACAGAAUCAUGAUGGCAAUGUCACCGACAACAAUAAUGAGCCAGAGCAAGUCAGUGAAAGUGAAGAGAUUCGGAGCUGUGUCCCAUGUGCAGCGCCUAAAAGCAGCUUCAGGAAGCAUGAUGAACAUUUUGAGAGGCAGGAGAGUAAUAUCCAGGAUUUAAAACAAACUGUCCACAGUACAAAAGAAAGCAUGAGGUCAUUGCAAAUGAGAUAUCAUGAAGAGUUCAGCAAUCUAGGUAAGCACCUCCAGAGUCUUACUCAUGCUGCCUCAGGAUACCAGAGAGUUCUUCAAGAAAACCGCAAGCUGUACAACCUAGUGCAAGACCUGAAAGGGAACAUCAGGGUGUAUUGUCGAGUGCGUCCAUUCCUUCCUGGGCAAGCUAAUGGUUUUACCACUGUGGAUCACAUUGAAGAAGGGAACAUUACUCUUAUGAACCCAGCAAAAUAUUGUAAAGACGGGAAGAAAUCCUUUAAUUUUAACAAGGUUUUUGGACCUGAUUCAACACAAGCUGAGGUGUAUACGGACAUGCAGCCUCUUAUUCAGUCUUGUCUUGAUGGUUACAAUGUCUGCAUCUUUGCAUAUGGGCAAACCGGAUCUGGAAAGACUUACACAAUGAGUGGACCAGACAAUCUCACAGAAGAAACAUAUGGUGUGAACUACCGAGCUUUGAAUGAUUUGUUCUGUCUAGCGGAAGAAAGAAAAGCCACUUUCACUUACGAGGUUUCUGUUCAGAUGAUGGAGAUAUAUAAUGAGCAAGUCAGAGAUCUCCUAGCUACUGAUGGAUCAAACAAGAAGUUAGAGAUUCGUAACAGUUCUCAGAAUGGGAUAAAUGUACCAGAUGCAAGUAGGUUGCCAGUCUCAACAACAGCUGAUGUAAUCAGCUUGAUGAAUCUUGGUCAUAAGAAUCGCGCAGUGAGCUCAACAGCUAUGAAUGACCGAAGCAGUCGCUCUCACAGUUGCAUGACAGUCCAUGUCCAAGGGAAAGACUUGGCAUCAGGAGCUGCUCUACGAGGUUGUAUGCAUCUUGUUGACCUAGCUGGAAGUGAAAGGGUUGACAAAUCUGAGGUGACAGGGGAUCGAUUGAAGGAAGCACAGCAUAUCAACAAGUCCCUUGCUGCAUUAGGAGAUGUAAUUGCUUCACUUUCUACGAAGAAUGCACAUGUUCCCUACAGAAACAGUAAACUCACGCAAUUGCUCCAGGACUCCCUAGGAGGACAAGCGAAAACAUUGAUGUUUGUUCACAUAAGUCCAGAGGCAGAUGCCCUUUCAGAGACAAUCAGUACACUUAAAUUUGCUGAGCGUGUAUCUACUGUGGAGCUUGGUGCUGCUCGGGCAAACAAAGAAACUGCAGAUACAAAAGAUUUAAAAGAGCAGGUUUCCAAUCUCAAAGCAGCUUUAGCCAGGAAGGAAGAAGAAAUGGAGCACCUUACUCGUUCAGUAACAAGCACUCCAGAAACAACAAACGUUAGGUCUACUGCUUCUUCACCUACUCGUCCAUCCUCUCGUUCAAGAGACGUUUCAGGUGGUCGGAAGAGUCCAGUGCAGGAUGUUAGUAACACCAAGGUGAAAAACAACUCAUUGAAGCCACGAAGGAGAAGCUUGGAUCCAAAUGAUCUGUUAUCAAAUAAUUCCCUCUGGCCACCCCUUAUUGUCAACAAAGCAGAACAGAAGAAUCUGACUGCAGGGGAUUGGAUGGAGAAGGUGAUGAUGAAGCAAAGUAAAGUAGAUAGAAGUAGGUCUGUAGAAAACUUAGUGGAUGAAAACAUGAAGCCUUCUGAGAACUGUCAUCCUGAUGAUAGCAGCACUUUGAAGCAACCUUACGAUAUCUUGGUAACCGACAAAAAGGAUUGCCAAGAUAGCGACUCACAGCUUAGUAUGUGUGAAUUGCUUACUCCUGACAGCAUUGAUGAGCUUGAGAUAGCAACCAGUGACUCUUCUGAGCAAGACUUUCAAGUUCUUCUUCCAAGAACAGCAAGUUUGCCUAAUGUUAUAGGAUCAAAAAUCAAGAAACCUACCCCAGUAAAGGCAUCUAAAAGCCCAGAAAAGAGGAGUUUGAUCCCUAUGCCACCCAUGAGGAGAUUAUCGAAUGGGUUGAAUACACCGGCAAUCAAGAAUGGAAGACAGGCGGUGUAUGUGAAGAGGAAAUCAGGAAAUGCAAAGUGAUGAGUACUAGCUAAUUCUGCUAUGCAUAUAUUAUGUGAUGAUGGCUUGUCAUCCUCCAUAUAUUUUUUUUUAGUAGUUAGGCGAGGGAGGGUGAAGGAGUUGAGAAAAAGGCUUCUUUUUUAUUUGAUUUUGCAGUGCAAAAAUGGCAACUAUUUCAGUUACCUGAUGCAUGAUUUUGGUGGUGAUGGGUUCAAGUAUAUGCAGUCCUGCCAAAUGGCCCAAAUUGAUGGUGAUUGCCUUUUGUUGUGUUACAUUGUGUAUAUGGGUGUUUGAUUCAAAUGGCCCUAAGCUAAGGUUUGAUUUUGUUAGUUCUACCAAAGAUGAAAAUCGAGUAAGGUAUAUAAACUAUAUAGUACACAUAUCACAUAUAUAUGUCUUCUUGGAUCAAAGAUUUGAUGCAAUGAAAGUUAAUGAAAUUGUUGUACAUUAUAUAU